CUUCGAUUAGCCUCUAUGUGAUUUCUCCUUCUAUCUGUCUCUCAUGGGAUCUCAGUCCGACCUAUUCCUCCUAUUUGUGCUUCUGAUUUCAGUUGUAUUACUACCAAGUCCUGUACUUUCUUCUUGUAACUUCCCGUUUGUCGUCAACUUCGGCGACUCCAAUUCCGACACCGGUAAAUUCAGCCCCCCAUUGCUGCAGAUGAUCUAUCUUCUUCGUCAAGCUGGGACUGAGCCUUUGAGCCUUGAGGUGUCGGUUUAUCAAAUUGGGUUGAGUUUUAGAGUUUAGUUAGGUCAUUCAAUCGCAAUCUCAGCCAUAGGAUUUCACGGAGGGUUAGGAUUUAAAAUAUUCUAGGAAUUCCAGCCACUAUGCAUUUCACUAUUUCAGCCCCCCAUUAGCUCGCGAUUCACUAAUCUCUCUCUCUCUAUAAAUAACGCCUCUCUGUAAAUCUCCAUUAAAUUUCCGUUCCCCUUCUUUGCAUCGAGAGAGAAGAAACAACGCGAAAUAGGAGAAACCGAAACACGGAAAUUUUCUAAUUGAUUCACUGGUUUGAAUUAAUUUAUUAAAUCUUUAGUUAAAUUAUUGUUAUUUUGUAAUGGCGGAUGCGUUUUGCUCGGACUGUAAGAAGCACACGGAGGUGGUGUUCGAUCACUCGGCUGGGGAUACGGUGUGCUCGGAAUGCGGUCUGGUGUUGGAGUCCCACUCGAUCGAUGAGACCUCCGAGUGGAGGACCUUCGCCAACGAGUCUGGCGACAACGACCCUGUCCGUGUUGGCGGACCCUCAAACCCUCUAUUGACGGAUGGCGGCCUCUCUACCGUCAUCGCCAAGCCCAACGGCGCUACCGGCGAUUUCCUUUCUUCUUCCCUCGGCCGAUGGCAGAAUCGCGGAUCCAAUCCCGAUCGGGGGCUUAUUCAAGCAUUUAAAACUAUAGCCACUAUGUCUGAUAGGUUGGGCCUUGUUGCAACUAUCAAGGACCGUGCAAACGAGAUCUAUAAGAAAGUGGAGGAUCAGAAGUCUAGUCGAGGAAGAAAUCAGGAUGCUUUAUUGGCUGCUUGUCUGUACAUUGCUUGUCGCCAAGAAGAUAAGCCGCGAACUGUUAAGGAAAUCUGCUCUGUCGCCAAUGGAGCCACAAAGAAGGAAAUUGGCCGAGCGAAAGAAUAUAUUGUGAAACAACUGGGGUUGGAGACAGGUCAAUCAGUGGAGAUGGGGACAAUACAUGCAGGGGACUUUAUGAGACGCUUCUGCUCAAAUCUUGGUAUGAAUAAUCAAGCAGUUAAAGCUGCACAAGAAGCUGUUCAGAAGUCUGAAGAAUUUGAUAUAAGGAGGAGCCCUAUAUCGAUUGCGGCGGCUGUUAUAUACAUUAUAACUCAACUCUCUGAUGACAAAAAGCCUCUCAGAGAUAUUUCAAUCGCCACAGGAGUUGCAGAAGGAACAAUAAGAAAUUCUUAUAAGGAUCUUUAUCCCCAUGUGUCGAAGAUAAUACCAGGCUGGUAUGCCAAGGAGGAAGAUCUCAAGAACCUUUGUAGCCCUUGAAGUAUAGCAAGCGUGAACAACCUGGAUUUGGAUGAUCUUUGAGGCCCUUGUCUCGGAACGGAUAAGAACUAUGCUGGAGUUUUGUUGUCUUCCCUUUUUCCCCUCUCUAUGGUAAUUUAGUAUGUUUCAUUAAGACGCUGAUGAACAAACACAAAAUCCAAAAGAAUAAGAUUAGAAAUGACACUAGUUGAAUUGAUUUUAUAUUUUUAUGUGUAAAGAAACCGCAUAAGUUUGAACCAACCUAUUGGAAGUUUAUUUUAUGACAAAUGAUGCAUCUACAUUGUCAGAUUA